UGUGGUCCCUACAGUGACUUCCUCAGGAGAAGUCCUGCUGUCGCCCCCGAUAAAACUUCUAGACUCUGGUCUCAUGCCUUUCUUGUCACAUUUCCCAUCCAGAUUUGGAACUUGGCUUCAAACAAACUAACAUUCUUGAACUCCUACAAAAUGAAGAUGUCGGUCAUCCUGGGAAUUGUCCAGAUGGUUUUCGGUGUUAUUCUCAGCCUUUUCAAUCACAUAUACUUCAGAAGAACUCUCAACAUCGUUCUGCAAUUUAUUCCUGAGAUGAUUUUUAUCCUGUGUCUCUUUGGAUACUUGGUUUUCAUGAUCAUUUUCAAAUGGUGCCACUUUGAUGUCCAUGCGUCCCAGCAUGCCCCUAGCAUCCUCAUCCACUUCAUCAACAUGUUUCUGUUUAACUAUGACGACCCUUCUAAUGCACCCCUGUACAAACAUCAGCAAGAAGUCCAAAGUUUCUUUGUUAUUAUGGCUUUGAUUUCUGUCCCAUGGAUGCUUCUGAUUAAGCCGUUUAUUCUUAGAGCCAAUCAUCAAAAAUCCCUGCUGCAGGCCUCCAGGAUCCAAGAAGAAGCCACAGAGGACACUGAAGGUGACAACUCCAGCCCUUCCAUGAGUGCUGGCCAGAGGGCUUCUGCAGGUGCCCAUGGGGCUCAGGAUGACCAUGAAGAAGAGUUCAAUUUUGGAGACAUCUUUGUGCAUCAAGCCAUCCACACGAUUGAGUAUUGCCUGGGCUGCAUUUCAAACACAGCCUCUUACCUCCGGCUCUGGGCCCUCAGCCUGGCUCAUGCACAACUGUCGGAGGUGCUCUGGACCAUGGUGAUGAACAUUGGCCUUCGUUUGCGAGGCUGGGGAGGACUCAUUGGGGUCUUCAUCAUUUUUACCAUAUUUGCUGUGCUGACGGUAGCCAUCCUUCUGAUCAUGGAGGGUCUCUCUGCGUUCCUGCACGCCCUGCGACUGCACUGGGUAGAGUUCCAGAACAAGUUCUACGUCGGGGCUGGUUACAAGUUUUCUCCUUUCUCCUUUAAAUGCAUCCUGGAUGGGCCAGCCGAGGACUAGCUACAGGCCCCGCAGCCUGCCAUCACCUCUGGCUUCAGUGUCUGUGCCAGCAAGAGAAGUUUGGCUCGUCUUCAGCGUCAGCCUGCGCGAGUUGGUCAAUGGGAUGAUUGUUCUUGGCUCGCUGGAGGCGGGAAGCCUUGUAUAUUUUACUUAUAAGCCUUGGGAUUUGAUAUGACUUCACCAUGUUAUAGACCUCAUGGUUGGGUCUAAAAUACUAAAAUGGGGAGGGCUACACUGAUGUUUUCUUGCAAUUUUGUAAGUAUGAUUUUUAAGAAAAUAAACUGCUGGGCCGUUCCCUUGUUCUUGAA